AGCCGCUCGCCGCGCACCGCGCGCUCGUCACAGCUUUCGUAAUCGUUGUUGUUUUAUCAUUAUUUGUGUCAGCGUACCAAUCACACGCCGCAGCGGACCCGGGCGCGGCGGCCGUGGUUUGUUUCAUUACUUACUCGAUACAUUCACUUGCAAGCAAACUAUCAUCAUUCGGAAUCGAUACAGUUACGUUCUACAGCUGAUAGCAAGUGAUUGUUCCAGUGGCUAGUCCCCGGCAGCAUGCGCCUGAUCAUCUUGGAAGACGCGGAGGUGGUGGCGGAGUGGGCGGCGCGGUUCGUGCUGCAGCGCAUCACGGAGUUCGCGCCCGGCCCGGGGCGGCACUUCGUGCUCGGCCUGCCCACGGGCGGCACGCCGCUGCCCAUGUACCGCAAGCUGAUCCAGUUCCACCAGGAGGGGCGGCUCUCCUUCAAAUACGUUACUACGUUCAACAUGGACGAGUAUGUUGGUCUGCCGCGCGACCACCCGGAGUCGUACCACUACUACAUGUGGAACGAGUUCUUCAAGCACAUCGACAUCGAGCCGAGCAACGCGCACGUGCUGGACGGGAACGCGGCCGACCUGGUGGCCGAGUGCCGCCGCUACGAGGACCUCAUACAGAAGGCGGGCGGCGUGCACCUCUUCAUCGGAGGCAUCGGUCCGGACGGGCAUAUCGCGUUCAACGAGCCGGGCUCGUCGCUGGUGUCGCGCACGCGCGUCAAGACGCUCGCCUACGACACCCUGGAGGCCAACAAGCGCUUCUUCGGCAACGACAUCAGCAAGGUUCCGCGGCAGGCGCUCACCGUCGGCGUCGGCACCGUCAUGGACGCUAAGGAGGUGAUGAUCCUGAUAACGGGCGUGCACAAAGCGCUGGCGCUGGCCAAGGCGGUGGAGGAGGGGGUGAACCACAUGUGGACGGUGUCGGCGUUCCAGCAGCACGCGCAGGCGCUGUUCGUGUGCGACGAGGCCGCCACGCUCGAGCUGCGCGUUAAGACCGUCAAGUACUUCAAGGCGCUGAGCGAGGAGCAUCAGAAGCUCAUCGCGGAGCUGCCGGUGCCGCGCCAGCACGUGCUGCACUAGCCCCGCCCCGCCCGCGGGGACGGGGGCACUGACCGCUGUCUGCUUGCAGAGCCUCAUGGGGGAACACAACAAGCUGAUAGCCGGCACCCGGUGAACAUUCCUGCCAGUGAUGCCUUUACAAAAGAACUAGCUAUACAAAUGAUCUACUUUAUAUUGUUACAAAAUGUUUAUAUACUGAAAUAAAUGAAAUUUAUAUUUAAAAAAGA